CCACUAACUCUGACUUUUUGUGUAGGAAUUUGGGAUAUUUUUAAGUACACUCUUUUAAGGUGUCAUGUAUAGAAUUACGAGUGAACGACACAAAAAUGCUAUUUUUCUCUGCUAAACCUCGCCUGGAUUGAUUAAUCAAACGGCGUUCAAGCCAAUACAGUAUUCUUCUCUUUUCUGUCCGCCGCUGUCCUACCGCCCUCAAUUGAUUAUCCAAUAGGACAAUUGAUCAGGACGAUCGAAGUUACAACGGCCUAUCAGCGGCUGUAGUUUUAGGGGUUUGUGAGGAGGUUCAGUGCGCUUUGUGUUGCGGCGGAAGGGUGAGAGGCCGCACGUUGCGCUUUUACGCACGGCUCCUGCAAGUUUUCUUUCAGUUGUUGAAAAGUAAAAUAGUACUUUAGACGCAUCUUGUUUAAUUUGGCUACAUGGGGAGAAAUAUAUUCUAAUCGCUCAUAGAUUCGCUCAGACGUAAGCUGCAGCUCUUUGGGCAGAAGAGAGAAGUGUUUACACGCUGUUUAUACCUUUGAGAAAAUUCGGAGAUUCUCUCCGCUUCGAGUUUAUAUAGUCUAGUUUCCGGUGCAAGGUUCUCUUCCCACGUGCAGUUUGUGCAUGUGUGGGAAGUCGACUUUUUAAAACCUUUUAAGCUUGUGUAUUAAAAUGAUACCAUUUAAAAUGUGCAUUUUUUUGCCAGCGUAUUGGCAGGGGUUUGGUUAAAUAGUAUUCUCGGACUGUUCCGAAUCUGGUGUAGAGAUGUGUCAUUUCUGACGGUAAAUUGUCAGUAACAAAAAAAGCAGAACUAAAAACUAGUCUGGCAGCUAAACUACAGCAAUGUGACUUGGCUACGGUCGGUUUUCACCGAUACUUCCACAUUCCUUGAAGAUCAAUUGAAUCCCCUUCAGGACUCGUGGUUCCCUGCCGGCUGAUGCCUGAAAGGCUCUCGUCUGGUUUCCCAGAUGGCGGCACCCUUGCUUCUGCUCUCCGCCAUGCUGUCCACACUUCCCAUGGUGCUCUGCUUCCCCAGUCCCUACAUGGACCAUGACCAUCAUGAUCCAAACAGGACAUCUGCGUCCAUCCGGUUUCUCGUGGUGGGCGACUGGGGGGGCCUGCCCAACCCCCCCUACAUGACGCCCAUCGAGAAGGCGACGGCCCACGAGAUGGGCAAGGCGGCCAAGCACAUGGGCGCGGACUUCAUCCUGGCGGUGGGAGACAACUUCUACUACCGCGGUGUGAACAGUGUGCGGGACCCGCGCUUCCAGGAGACUUUUGAGCGGGUGUUCACCGCAGAAUCCUUGGAGCACACGCCCUGGUACGUCAUUGCUGGGAACCACGACCACCUUGGGAACGUGGAGGCUCAGAUCGAAUACAGCCGGCACUCGAAGAGAUGGAAUUUCCGUUAUUACUACUACGAUCUGCACUUCCGUGUGCCGCACUCGGACGCCACGCUGACCAUCCUCAUGCUGGACACCAUCCUGCUGUGCGGGAACUCGCACGACUACCUGGACGAGCGUCCCCGGGGCGCCUCCGACAGCCUGAUGGCCAACCAGCAGCUGCAGUGGCUGGCCAAACAGCUGGAGACCUCCCGGGCCGACUUCCUGCUGGUGGCCGGCCACUACCCGGUGUGGUCAGUGUCCGAUCACGGCCCCACCGAGUGCCUGCUGGACAACGUGCGCCCCCUGCUGCUCAAGUACAAUGCCACCGCCUACCUCUGCGGCCACGACCACAAUCUCCAGUACCUGGAGGAGUCGGGAGUGGGCUACGUGGUGAGCGGAGCAGGCAACUUCCUGGAUAACUCCAUGAAACACAAGAAGUCUGUGCCCGCUCACUCCCUCAAGUUCUUCUACGGUCAGCAGAGCUCCCUGGGUGGCUUUGCGCACGUGGAGGUCACCAAGAAGGACAUGACCAUCACCUUCAUCCAGGCACGAGGGAAGUCCCUGUACCGCACUGUGCUUCCACGUCGCACCGCGCCCUAGAGCCAGGAAGACCACACUGCGUCUUUGACACCCUGCUGCCCAAGUCACACAGCUGAAGUUUUUUUAAUUUUUUUUUCUUUGCUCAGUAUACAUGUUUUAAAAACCUCCAUCCCUGAACCAAAGACAAGUGUGAUGGGUCCAUUGACCUUUAUGCAAGUUCUGGAUUUUAAAAUAGGUUAUUUUACACUGCAACUUUGUAUUUUUACACAUACAGAAACAAGAUGGUAACUAGUCCUAAGCCAUGCCUUUUAUGUAGAUGUAUCCAAUCAUUACAUUUUACCCUGCACAAUAUUUGCAAGGUUUAUUCCUUCACCUCUGAAAUGUCUUCAAUUAACCACUUUCAUUUCUGUAAGGUUAAUCACAUGAAACCAGUUGUGGCUUAAAUGCUUUAAUUAUCCCUUUACUCAAGAAACAGAUGUUAGUUGAAGACUAUCGGUAUAGAUGGAAAGGGUCUGUCUA